CUCCUCUUCUCCCCCUGCUCCCUGCUCCUCUUCUCCCCCUGCUCCCUGCUCCUCUUCUCCGGGAGGCUCGCAGCUCACGACCUCGGCACCUUCCGCCAUCACGACCUGGAACCCGAUUAGAGGAAAUGAGAACCACCGGAAGCGUUGUGCAUCCCUCAUAUUGGCUUGACAGCGGUGACACAGGCGCAUCAGCUGGUCGAGCGGAGCGGGACUCGGACCUGCGGCACACGGGACAACAACAGCGACGACACGGCCACAGAUCCGAGGAGAACCACCCUCCUCCAGCCGCCUCCUGCUCCGAUUUUUCAAGGGGACUACUUCGGAGAGAGAAGCUGAUUUUUCCCUUCCCUGCUGCAGCCAGAAGAACUCGGGCGUGGGACUCCACCAACCUGUGCGCUGAGAAUCCAAUACAGCUAUUGGAUGCUGCAACUGAGAACGAGAGAGGAAGAGGAGGAAGAAACAGUCAAAGAGAGAGAGAGAGAACUUGUCCUCCCCAGAUACAAGAGGGGGGGGUGUUUGGUCACAGAGAUCAUUGUUCGGCAGAAGUUUCUCAAGGGAGAACCGGCCAUUGAAACGUCUGUAAUGGCUGAGCUGUCGUCAGCCCAGGUGACCGAGUGCACCUGAACAGGACUUGUUUAUUACUGCGACUUCAAGAAAGGACCGAAUCCUCUGAAUCCUCUUUGCCUGGAUUUUUAUUUUAUCCUAUUUCGGUGUUUUACUCUGGAAGAGAGAAACGACCGUCUGAGUCGAGCUGCUGAGGCUCAAGCAUCCAUGGGCUGGAAUGCAGAUUCUCAUAUGGAAGCAGACUUUACAGGACUGUGUUUGAGCAGCUGAGCCUGUGAGGGCCCUGGAGGCGGCCAUGUUGGAUCUCUCCCUCAGAUCGCCGGUGUUGACCCGUCUUCACUCGACAACUUGCAGCACCACCCUGUCAACCUAAGCCGUCUCUCCCUCUCGCUCUCUCUCUUCCUGCAUUCCUUUGCUUCCUCCGCCUGGUCGGGAGAAAGGUCCUUUUAAGGAAAAUGUCCUAUGCACACGACCACAUGCUGCUCACCUGGAGCUUACCUCACCUCACCCUCCUGCCGUUGACCUACCUCUGGCUCCUGGCUCCAGCCACAGGUGUGUCAGCAGAUCUCUGCCGGGUGACCGGCGGCGUGCUGGGGAUCCACUGGAGCAGCACCAUUGGCCUGGGUUGGCGCCCUCUAGCAUCCGGCAGAGCUGGGGCGACGUGUUGGGAUUCCUGCUGCUUGAAGCCGAGCUGCAAUGCCGUGUGGAGCCUCGGCGGGCACUGUGUGCUUCUCAGCUGCUCCCAGAAGAGCGGCUGCCCCAUCUCCUUCCUGCCCCAGCCCCACCAGGAGUCUCUUGGCCUCCUGCAGCUGAUCUCAAAGGGUCCCAUCACAGCGAGACGUAGAAAGGCUCGUAAUGUACAGCAAACAGGAUACCUUAAAAACACGGAAAGUCCCAAACUGGAAACAGAUCACCCAACUCUUUCUGUACCCAGCACCAUCACCCUUCUUCAGAAACCCCAGAAGAACCUCAGCCAUUCAACCAAUGGGAGUUCGAACUCCUCUGAGGUUCCAUCACAAAUUAGCUCGACGACACUGCACGACACUGUUGAUUCUCCUCCGUCUUCCAAUGGCAGUGAUGUCAUCUCCCCCACAGCGACCGAAGCUGCCACCGUCACCACUCCAACACAGGCUGUGAGGGAGCUGGUGGUGUCAGCGGGGGAGAGCGUGGAGGUUACGCUUCCCCGCAGCUCGGUCGAACUCAACGCCUUUGUGGUCCCAACAACACCAGAAGGGACCGACUAUGCAUUUGAAUGGCGUCUGAUUACACAUCCCAAAGAUUACAGCGGGGAGGUGGAAGGAAAGCACAGCAAGACGCUACAGCUCAGCAAGCUGACUGUGGGCCUGUAUGAGUUUGAGUUGACGGUGGACGGGGACGGGGCUCACGGUGAAGGUUACGUCAAUGUCACAGUCAAACCAGAGCCGCGGAUAAACAAGCCGCCUGUUGCCAUAGUUUCCCCAAAGUUCCAGGAGAUUUCCUUGCCGACCAGCUCUACGGUCAUAGACGGCAGCCAGAGCACCGAUGAUGACAAGGUGGUUGCUUGGCUCUGGGAGGAGGUCAAAGGUCCGUUGAGGGAGGAGAAGGUCUCUGCCGACACCGCCAUCCUCACCCUCACCAACCUGGUGCCUGGGAACUACACGUUCAGUUUGACCGUGACGGACUCGGACGGAGCCACAAACUCGACACAGGCCGCCCUCUCCGUCAACAAAGCCAAGGACUACAGGCCUGUGGCCAAUGCCGGCCCAAACCAGGUCCUCCAGUUGCCACGGAACUCCAUCACUCUGUACGGCAACCAAAGCACAGACGACCAUGAUUCCCUGUUGUAUGAGUGGUCCCUCAGCCCCGAGAGCAAAGAUAAAGUGGUGGCGAUGCAGGGUGUACGGACACCGAUCCUGCAGCUGUCAGCAAUGCAGGAGGGAGACUACACCUUCCAGCUGACUGUGACAGACUCAUCCGGACAGCAGGAAACCACCCAGGUCACGGUCAUUGUGCAACCAGAAAACAAUAAACCACCAGUGGCAGAUGCAGGACCAGAGAAAGAGCUGACGCUGCCGGUGGACAGAACCACACUGGACGGCAGUAAGAGCAGCGACGAUCAGAAGAUCGCCACCUACCACUGGGAACAAACCAGUGGUCCUGAUAAUGUGAAGAUUGAGAACGCAGACGCCGCCGUUGCCACGAUGACGGGCCUCGAGGUCGGCAGGUACGAGUUCACCCUGACCGUAACGGAUGACAGGAAGCUGAAGAGCACCGACACUGUUAUCGUUAUCGUCAGAGAAGAACUGGACCAACCGCCGGUGGCUCACGUCCUGUCGAGUCCACCUGUCUCGCUGCCUGCCAGGACCGCCACUCUGGACGGAUCUCACACAACCGACGACAAAGGCGGAGUCUCCUACCUGUGGACGAGAGACGACAGCAGCCCUGCCGCAGGGGACGUACUGAACAACUCUGACCACCAGGCAGUGCUGUUCCUGGGAAACCUGGUGGUUGGGAAGUACAGUUUCCAGCUGAUAGUAACUGACAGCAAAGGACAGACCAGCACUGACAGGGGCACCCUGGAGGUCAAACCAGACAUGUGGGAACGGGACCUGGUGGAGCUGGUGUUGGAGGUCUCUGUAUCGCAGGUCUCCCACCGGCAGCGGGACAUGCUGCUGCGUCAGGUUGGGGUUUUACUGGGCGUGCUCGACAGCGACAUCAUAGUACGAGAGAUCCGUGCGUAUAAUGAGCACAGUACUCGUUUGGUCUUCCUGGUGUCAGGCGGUCCGGGGCGCCCUCCUCUGUCCGGUCACAGCGUUGCACUUGGCCUACGCAACAAACUGCGCAAACAGAAGAACGACUUCCUCAUUUACAAGGCACGACGUGUGGACACAGUCAUCUGCCAGCUGAACUGCUCCGGCCACGGCGAGUGUGACUCGUUCACGCGGCGAUGUGUCUGUCACCCUUUCUGGAUGGAGAACUUCAUCAGAGCUCAGCUCGGAGACGCAGAGAGCAACUGUGAGUGGAGCGUACUCUAUGUGACUAUAGCAUCUUUUAUGAUUGUGGUUGCCGUGGCAACAAUUGUCUGGGGGAUGGUGUGUUGCUGCAAAAGACGAAAGAGCAAAGUGCGCAGAAGUAAAAGUCGAUACAAGAUGCUGGAGGCUGAUGAGCAAGACAGUCUGGAGCUUCAGCCGCAGAGAGUCGCCCGUAUGAAGCCCGUCCCAGCCCCCACCUCUUCCGCUCUCAUGCACUCGGACUCCGACCUGGACAGUGAUGAGGGGCACGGCGGGGUCCCGUGGACGGACCAGGAGCGGGGGCACCUCCUGCGGCCCCAGAACGGCUCCCUGAGGAACGGCCAGGGGCCGGUCAGGGGCAAGAAGCAAAGAGAGGAGCUGCUAUAGCAAGAGAGGAGGGGGGAGCUCACUGCGGCCCUCGUACAUCCCUCCUCCACCCCUCUGUUCCUCACUCUUCCUCUGUUUCUUUUGUUGUUCUUCAACACAAAAACCUCACACCUCUCAUCCAUGAAGACGGACAGCGUGAUACCUGGAUUUAAAGAAAGGGAGAGAGGGAAAAACAUGCUGGAAACAUGUUGUCCCACUGGCACAGAAAAACCACCAUUCUACUGGAAUAUCCCUGAUCCCCACUCUGAUCCAACUUCGAGGGAAAGAACUAAAACGUUAAAUGAGAAUUCUGGGGAGAGCCCUGUGUUUUGUAUAAAAUAUAACAUAGACCCCUAUUAUUUAACACACAGAGACAAAAAGAAUGUACUGUCACCCUCUGACUGAGGCACGCGUUAGUUAGAAGCCGCGGGAGAGAACACUAGCCUGAGUUACACUUGACUUCCUGGAUUUGAUUAAAAAAAAAAAAAACACUGCUGCGAUGACACGAAAAAAAACAGCCACUUGACACGCUCACGCCUCGCCUCUUGUAGACGUGCAUGUUCGCAAACAUCAUCAUGUUCGAGGUCGACCUGGUGCUACCAAACGGCGCCAUGUUGAAACCAACUGUCAUCUCUGCUCUGGGGAUUUUUGUUCGAGAAUCACGUGAAGGAAAAAAUGCAACAAAACAGCAUCGGGCAACAACAAAAGAAAUUGUGCAUGACAAGUCAGAUUGCAGAUGUGGUACAAUAUGACCCUGGAAUGGCCGCCUGCAUGUUUGUGUGUCAGCUGUAUGUGUGGAUUAGUUUGGCUGCUGUGGCGAAAAGAUGUGAUCUUCAGCACAGUUUUUUUUCAAAUUUUAUGUCUGUUAUGAAACAACCCCUGGGAGAGGCGCGAUGUUGUCAGUAAUGGCGGUUUGAGGCAGACGCACCGUGCUUUUAUUGUGAAGGUUUUCUCUGUGGAUUAAAUCUCUUGGAACACACACACACACACUCACACAGACUCACACAGACUCACACACUGGAUCACAUAACGUUAAUGCUCUCAGCGGGGGGGGGGAGAUAAUGAGGAGAAAGACAUGAAGUUCACAUCAACGUCCCGACACUGCUUCCUCCAUCAUCUCAAUGUAACGACUGCUUGAACCUUGAAGACCACUAUUUUAUUUUUUUAAACAAACAACCUUUACGCUGUGAUUAAGUGUCCGUGCACUUUUGAUUUCCUGUCAGGUUUAGUCUUAUUUUGUCUCGUUGGUUGAUCUGUGAUGGUUAAAGUUGGAACCUCAGCUGGAAACACAGGUCGAUGCUGCAUUCAGUGUAGAAAACGCUGUAUUUCCUUGACUUUAAAGAUCAAAUGAGCUGAUGUAGUUUCUCCAACCUGGAUGCAGCUCGUGUCCAGAGGCGUCCUCAGUGAUUUGGUAUUUACAUGUUUGCUUUAGUGAACAGGAUAGGACGAGCUUCAGCUGUUUCUGGAAUUUCAGACCUCCGCCAAGGCCCAACAGUCCCCUUAAAUUCAACCAGGCUGCACCAAAUUACACACACUCAUGAAUAUCAGUCCCGUAGAUACGUCUGAUUGUUUUAAUCGAGAUCCUUUAAGUAUUUCAAAGUGAUUAAAAAAAGAUUCCUGGAGCCCUUUUGUCCAGAUUCGCUCCAAAAUUAGAGUUCUUGUGUAAUUUUGUUGACAAACAGACAAACGACAAUGAAAACAACUUCCUUGUCGGAGGUAAUUAUCAUCCCUGAAGACCACGUUUAUCUUUGUUUUCUAUUGGCACAUUUUCACUUAGUUUAACAUGAGGAUCACAAAAAACAUCUUUAUAAGAGAGACAACGGAGACAAAACAAAUCACCACUAAUCCUCCAUUUGUUAUAAAGAGUUGUGUCCUCAUACAAACCUUAAAACUGAGCUUAAUCCUAGGAAACAAAUUAUUUCUUCCCACAAACACGACAAAGAUCAGGAGGUUAAUCUGAGCGAGGUUUGCUUCUUCUGAGGGGGGCUCAUCGCCAUGGAUACACCAGGACACAGUAGGAAGUCUGUAGUAACAGAGAGGAGAGAGAGAGAGAGGGAAGGAAAAACAACGGAGCAGUAAUCAGAGAAGUUUCUGGGCCGGACUGAGCUGAAUGAGAACUUUAACCACGUGACUCCUCUUUACGACGCCUCAGCGUGUGGUCGCUCUCGCAUGCAGAAUGUGAAACUGAUCCGCGAGUCCACGUUUUGAGGCACUUUUUCUUUGGUUGUUGAAUGUGGAAAGGGUACGGCGUUAACUCCGUUUGGCUCGUACUCUGUGUGAAAUAAGCAAUCACGUUUCUUACUGUUCAGUCAUUUCAUGCUGAUGUUGCUUCUGCUGUUCGGUCUCGGAGCGUCAGACCCAGGGCAGAGGUUUAUUAUUGGUUUUAUUAUUUUUUGAAUGUUUUGCCCCAUUUUUGCCAGUUUCUGCGAGGCAAAGUGAAAUCCAGUGAAUCGAAGUGCAAACACUGUAAAAUGUCAUCUUUUCACACUUUGAAGUCAUUUUAUAUUUGAGCCAUUUCUCUUUUCUUUUUUUUGUUGAAAUUAUUUUGGGGUCACUGCCAAGACUCGAUGUUGAUUCACUCAUUUCUUGUUUAGGCGUUUACCUUUUUCCCAUAAGUUAAAAUAUAUAUAAAAACAAUUUAACGAUCCAAAAUUCAGCAUUUCUCAUGAUACAUGUGCAACAUUUUCCCCGUCACAUUUGGGAUUUGUCGACGUAAGUGAAUUGACCUCGACUCUGAUGGAGUCCACUGUGAAGGCAGACAGAGGAAAAAGGUAGCAACUGUUAAAUGAAGGGAAUUUCAUUUUAAAAAAUUUGUUUCAGUGAAGUUAUUCCUUUUUCUUUCUUUCUUUGUGUGUGUGUGUGUGACCAGACCUGAUGCAACUGGAUCAUCUGUAAAUUAAAAUAAAAAAUGUUUGUUCUUGCGUUUUCUCAGA